GUGUUCAUGACUUUCAGAACGCACUGACUCCCAGGGUGCUGAAUGACGGUCCUCUGUUCCAUCAAGAUUAGCUGAUCAUGGUUAGCUGAUUAUGGAUACGUUUAGGACGCGAUAAUAACAACACAUUGACAAUGUUUUCGUGGGGAGAGAAUACCCGUUAUGGCUUUGGUUUAGUGAAGUCGAAUGAUUUGGUAAAGACGAACACGGACAGUUGCGUAAAUUUCAUAGGCAUGAAAUCUCCAAUUACGCAUCUAUCUGCAGGUAAUACAGUAGUCGCGUUCAUCAGAAAGAAUGGGGAACAAGUGUCUGUCGCUCGAAUGCAAGAGGACAAAGAUGGGAGAAGGAUCACAGGAAAACUGAAGAAUGUGGAGUGCAGGGAGAAGAUGGUGGCUCUGAGUUGCGGAGAUGCCCAUGUUGUUUUACUGUCUGAAGAGGGAAGAGUUUUCUGCCUCGCCCAAUUUUCCAAUGUUCCCAGACGAGUGGGUAACUUGAAUCAGGUAAUUCAAGUUGCAUGUGGAGACCAGCAUUCAAUUGCACUAACCCAAGAUGGUAACGUGUUCACGUGGGGCCAGAACUCCAGCGGACAGCUGGGUUUGGGGAAGGGCAAGCCCAUCACCUUUUCUCCUCAGCCCGUCAUGUCUCUGUCAGGGAUCCCCCUGGCUCAGAUCACCGCUGGGGGAGACCACAGCUUCGCCUUGUCCUUCUCUGGAGCCGUGUUCGGCUGGGGCAAGAACAAUGCCGGACAGCUGGGACUGGGGGACACAAUAGACAGACCUGCUCCAGCUCCUGUUGAUUGCCUGAAUCUAAAGAAGACCAUUGCUGUUUCCUGUGGAGUGGAGCAUACUGCCGUUCUGACAAAGGGAGGUAUAGUGUUCACAUUUGGCUCGGGUCGAUAUGGACAGCUUGGACACAACUCUUUCAGAGAUGAACUACGACCUCGACUGGUGGGCGAACUAUGGGGGGCAAAGGUGACCCAGAUCGCCUGUGGAAGAAACCACACAUUAGCGUUUGUGGGCUCCUUCAAAAAGAUCUACUCAUUUGGGCUUGGAGAGCAAGGGCAGCUGGGAAAUGGAGUCAAGAUGGAUCAGUCUGUGCCUCUGCCAGUACAGCUAUCACAGGACCGCAUUGAUGACCAGCAAAUUGAACAAACCUUUGCUGGAGGAAACCAUUCUUUUGCCUUGUGCAGCUCUGCUCAGGAAUCAGGAAAAGGUUUGAAUGACUCCCGUCUUGAAAAAGUGACUCAGACAUUAGGCAAUGACAUCAUUGACAGAUGGAUAUUGCAAUGUGACUCAAAAUCAUGGACGGAAAUACAGAAGGAAAUCACAAAAACAUUCUCUUCUGCGUCACGUUUAAAUGGGAGCUUCCUGGACAAAAGUCGUGAUAAACAUUACCAAACCUCACUGAAGCACUCUGGCCUGGACUUGUCACUCGCCCGACUGGUUUUUCAAAAGCUUGCAGAAAAGGACAAAGUUCUGGCUGAGGUUAAAGAAGUCGUCCAGCACAUACUCCUUCCCUCCCUGAGUAAGGAUCCCAUUGGGGUGGAGGGUCUGAGGGUGUACCUCAUCAUCCCUGAGCUCCUGAGGGUUCUCCUAAAACAACAACGUGGCAUAGACAUUACUGAGGCCUUCGCUGCAGCCAUCCUCAGACUGAACCCAGACAAGCUCCAGGUCCUUGAGGGCCUAUGGUCGACACUUCCAGACACCUUCUUCAGAACUCUGGUGAAAACAUUCCACUCUGCGUCAGCAGAGGGCUAUGCUGUUAUUAAACAAUUUAAAGGGACUUUAAAGGUUAUGGAGAGGCUGUAUGAAGUCAAUUGCAACAGACGCAUCAAAAUUGCGGCAAGCAAUUUCCACAUCAACAGAGCCAAUAGCUUGCUUCAGAAUAUGCUCAACACAUCUGGAGAUAUUGACUACCUAAUUCUUUCCGAGGAUAGAUUGUUUGACAUAUUCAUUGACAUUGUCGAUUAA